GGAUACGGAAGUGACGUAGCAGCACGAGUCAUUAAAACCAGACGUGAGCGCGCGCUUUCUACACAAACCUUUUUGUGCGGGGUCGGGUUCCAGCCAGAGCACUUGUCGUCAGUCCUUGGACACAAAGCCUGUCUUUUUGUGACCAUCUCUAAUCUUAAACGAAUACUUUAGCCACCUAGACGGGAGCUAAAGACAUAACUUACAGAACCUACGCAGCUGUGAAACUACAACAACAACAGGAACCAUGUUUGAGGCUCGCUUGGUCCAGGGCUCUAUCUUGAAGAAGGUGCUGGAGGCUCUGAAGGAUCUGAUCACAGAGGCCUGCUGGGAUGUCAGCUCGUCUGGGAUCUCCCUCCAGAGCAUGGACUCGUCUCACGUCUCCUUGGUCCAGCUCACCCUGAGGAGCGACGGGUUUGACUCCUACCGCUGCGACCGAAACCUGGCGAUGGGGGUCAAUCUUAGCAGUAUGUCAAAGAUCCUGAAGUGUGCAGGAAAUGAAGAUAUUAUCACACUCAGAGCAGAGGACAAUGCAGACACACUCGCCCUGGUCUUUGAGACACUUAAUCAGGAGAAAGUUUCAGAUUAUGAGAUGAAACUGAUGGACCUUGACGUAGAACAGCUUGGAAUCCCUGAGCAAGAGUACAGCUGUGUAGUGAAGAUGCCAUCUGGAGAGUUUGCUCGCAUCUGCCGAGACUUGUCCCAGAUUGGCGACGCCGUCAUGAUCUCCUGUGCCAAGGAUGGAGUCAAGUUCUCUGCCUCUGGAGAGUUGGGCACUGGAAACGUCAAGCUUUCCCAGACCAGCAGUGUUGACAAAGAGGAUGAAGCAGUCACAAUUGAAAUGAAUGAGCCUGUGCAGCUAAUCUUUGCCCUCAACUACCUCAACUUCUUCACCAAGGCUACUCCCCUAUCAAAGACUGUCACACUCAGUAUGUCCGCUGACAUCCCUCUAGUGGUUGAAUACAAGAUUGCUGACAUGGGACAUGUCAAAUACUACUUGGCCCCAAAGAUUGACGAAGAGGCGUCUUAAGUGGUGCAUAAUGGACUAACAGAUAAUUGUGGAAAACUCACCUGGCACUUGCCCAAGUGGAAAGCAAACAAUGACUACAAGGCUGCUCAGCUGUCCACAAAGAAGCAUUCAUAGAAAUCAGUGGCUUAAAACAUCAGUUUUUUUAAUCCGCUCAGCACUGGGGCAAAUUUGGCACUUGUUCUCUCCACUUUGGUCUCUAUUGGUUGGUAAUUUGAUAAACAUAUUUCAAGUAUCCAUUCCUUCCUGUAGAUAAAACCAUUUGUAUAUAUUUUCUUGGUCUUGACUCUACACAAAUGUUUUGUACCCAAUGAUUCAGUCAAAUAAAUGAUUUAACUUGUUUACAAUUUA